AAAUUAUCCUGAUUUUAGCUUUAAAUAGUGUGUUUGUUCCUCAAAAUGCCUCCUAAUCUUGUGGCCGCUAUCAUCGAGCUAGGGCAGAAGCGCAAAAAUGAUGAACUCAAGGAACUUUUGGAGAAAACUAAAUCAAAAUACCUCAUCGAUCUGGUUGUUUCGAACCUGCAAUCGAUCGACGGACAAACGCUCUGGCACUAUACCCUGCUUGGUCUGGGGUAUUCGGAUGCGUGUCGAGAAAAGCGGUUUGAGUUGAUUAUGGCCGUGUUACGGCACACGAACGUGGUCGAGCUUUCGACGAAGCAAAUGUUUGAUCUAAUAGCCCGGCUGUUGACGGAUCUGCCGACGUUUUCCUCCGAGCAGCUGGUGGAGAUGUGCGAGCUGUGCAUCGAAUCGAUACGGGUUGGCGAUCCGAAAUGCUUGAGCUGGAAGCAUCUGUUGCCGCAGACACUGGCGCAGCUCAACGACAGUGUCGGCAGGUUCAAUGCAAACGGGAUGCUGCUGACCGGAACCGAUUAUCGCAUCAAGGUGCUCGGUGAGCUAUUCAAGAUGAAGCUGCUCCCGGCGAUACUGACACCGCUGUGUGCUAUGUUCCGUGAUUUCAACCUAUCCCGGGAGGAAACGGCCACUUUUGUGACCAAAAUAUCGGACAGUAUCAAGCAAAUCGAACCACUGGAGCUACCUCCGUUGGCGUUUCAGUUGUUUCGCGUAUGCUUGAAGAAUCCAGGCCAGCUUAUUGUGCCACUGAUGGCAUUGCAGAAGUAUUUCCAUAAAAAUUAUUACAAAAAAGUACUCUCUAACGCGAACAGCGAUACGACCGAUUUUGACAGCAUCGAUCGUUACUCCGACACUGAGAUCCGCGAAGCGGAAGAAACCAUCCUGUAUCAUCUCUCCAAUGUGACUGAGUUUCGCCUCGACGAGACGCAAACGGUGGCCAUGUUCAAGCCGUUUCAGAAUAACCCGGAAAAGCUGCUAACUCCCUUCCUGGUCGGCGCACUGUUGGCAAUGAGUCGCAUCAAUCGAUUGCCCGACACAACUGAUGUCGUAUCAUCUCCAAUAAUGGCCUUUCUGAUCAAACUAAUUGCUCUGAGUGAGAAGGAACGUGAAAUGUGCAAUCAAUCGGCCUGGUUCCGGGGACGUGUCGACUCAUCGAUAGGGUCACGCGUUGAUCAGCUGUUUACGGUGCUCACGGAAAACAGCCAGGAAGGCAAAGAGGUCGUUACACCGGGUAUUAUACAUUUUGCGUUCGCGCUUCUACUGGCGAAAAAGCAGCCAAAACUGCACGGGAUUGCGAUCCAGUUUUUCCAGAUCUUCCUCAAGCGCAGGUUCAUCUUCGGUAGCGGUAUCAUCGCGAAGCUGAAAAAGUUUCUAUUUGCCGAUCUGGAAGAAACUCAGUUCAACCUAUGUCUUACGACGCUUAGCUUGACUAACACGCUCACGGUAUCCGAGUCCAGCGCAACGAUUCAGUUUAUUAUGGAGUACUUACUGCUGAUAGACGGUACGUACGCUAUGCGGUUCAUGGCGUUCCUGUUUCCGCUUUUAAGACUUUCCCACACCAUUCGGGAUCGCUUCAUCGAGGUACUGCGUAAGGCUAUGUACAAUAGUGAAUCCUGCACACGCAUAAUGGGAGUUUUUGGAUUCUGUUCACUACUGAAGCAACUUAAAAACAAUAAUGCACGCCGCUCGAUCAUGGGACCUGCAGGUGGCAAUUACACACAGUUAUCUAUCUCUGGAAUGUCGCUUCUAUCGCAGGCAGCCUACGGUUCGGCCAGCAAUCCCAACCUGCACUUCGAUAUGCUUACCCUUGAGGUUUUGGGAAUAUUGAGAAAAUGUCUGACGCAAACGGUCGAGGUGCGCAUGAUGUUAUACGAGGCGCUGGGACGGGCAGUUGAUUUCAACACGAUGCUUCUACCACAUGUCCUGCAGUUCAUAGAUUGGCAUUUUGAAAGUUACUUCAAUGAAAAUACGGACGAUAAGCUGAGCAUCGCGUUCGAUAAGUGUGUCCGGUACCGCAACGAUAUCGAGCACGAAGAUCAACCCGAUCUUCUGCGUCCAAUCGUUGUGUACGAUAAUGUGGGACGGUUGACGGCGUUUAUGGUACACUGCGUAGUGCUCUGUGAUCAUCAUAAUAUCCUGCACGAUACGAACGCCGUCAAAAAGACGCUUCAGCUAAUUGUCGAUCGUGUGGAUAGCAUCACGUUCGAUGAGCUGGGUAUUAUGGGCUCGUUGGACACGAGGGCAGUAGAAAUUGCUAGCCAGUAUUUGAACGUGAUCGAAGCUGCGAUGGCAUAUUCCGCUUGGAAAAUGAAGCCCGAUAAUGGAUUGUCGAGGGAUCUGCUACGACUAUUUAAACAUCAUCAACAAUGUGUCGAGAAAUUUAAGAAGUUGGAACCUAAAAAAGGCAACAAAAAGCACAUGAUUGACAUGAUGAAUGUCUCUGGUUACUAUGGGUCUUCUGCAAAGCAUGGAAUAUCGCUUAAACUAGAAAACAUCUGGGACAUCGCGACGGUUGAGAGGAUGCUACGCAUUAUGUUCGACAUCUCGAUAAACUACGCCAGGGAAGAGGAUCUGAAAACGCUACGCUCCAAUAGAGACUUUCAACAGUAUAUUCUAAAAACUGCUAUCCACAUGAUGGAAACGCUUCGUACUCUGCCUGAUUACUGGCAGGUUAGUCACAGUAAACGAACAUUUUCGCAUCUCUGCGAAUGCACUAAAGUCGUGUAUGGUCGAUGCGUUCGCCAAACGACGGAUCUGUGUGGUAAUGGGGGAUUGCUGGUGGCGCAAUCCGCUAUCGAAUGCUUCCGGCAAGCUCUGCUAUCAGCGCUAGAACUGUACGAGCGAAAGUUCACCGAAUUCCUUCAACUUAUAUCAUGCACCAUUGGGUUGUGUUUUAUAAAGGAUCUUCUGAACAAUCUGCAAACGAUCGUUGAUCAAUUUUUUACCGAUGAGUCGGAAACGGAAGCGAUCGAGGAAAAGAUCGUUGUUGGAAUUUUCCAGUGCCUUGAGCUGCUCUAUAAAUCUCCUAUCAUGAAUCAGGAGCAUCUUACGAUCGGUUACGAUUGGCUGCAACAAUUCUGUGUCAACAAAAAGCUCAAACCGAAAGCAUUCGCGAUCGUACAUCGAAUCCUGUUCGAUCUGCGGCUGAGAACUCAAAGUGGUGCCUACUUUGAUUCCGUCGCUAUGCGGUUGGAGCUCAAGUUUGGCCAAAUAUCGGCGGAGGAGUUAAAUCCUCCGUUUUAUUUAAAAUCCAUCACUUCCGGUACGGUAGAACCAACUUUCCAUCAUUUGUGUACCGUUAUACGAUUGCAGCUGGAAGAAAUUGAACACUUAAUACUGCGUAGUAACAGUCUGAUGGCACGGUUGAAAGUCUUGGAGUUGGAAGAUACGGAUGAAACGACACAAUUGUUAAAAUCAAUUGAACGCUCAAUGUGUUCGCAGCUUGUGCACAUUCUUUCGACCCUUACGCAUCUGUGUAAUAUUCAUUUACCUCUCGGUUCGGCAAUGGACGCCCUGCUUAAGCUUCUGCUCUCGAUGUACAACUGUCUGGCCAAUUUGAGCCGCCACUUUCUGGCCUGCCAUCCCAUAGUUCCCGUUUCGUAUGAAGUAACAAAAUUUAAUCUCGUGGUAAAAGCCUCCAAACCCCUUGCCUCUAGGAUUUACGAUCUGUUCCCCUUUAUCGAGGAGAACAUUCUUGCUCAGGAUGGAGUGCAGGAUGAUGGCGAAGAAGCGGAAGGCAAACGACCGGUCGAGAGCUCGGCGAAAGCCAAAUCUAAUCGCGAUAAAGUACUACGGAAGACAAAAUUACUUCCAAGGCUGGUAUUUCGUAUUGAAUCGUACAACAAGAUUGUCACUCAGUUAAGUAGGAAGACAAAGAAGGACCUCACGUAUCUGCUGCACAUGGGAACGGUUCGAGAUUUUCGCAUAAAAACAUCUGCCCUGAAAGAGGCGAUCGAGAAAACAGUAACUCAUCGAGGAGAGGACGAUGAAUCCAACGAAGAAACAGACCUCGAACCGCAGCUCGAUCGUGACGAAGAAGGCGACGAUGAUAUUGAUGCAAGCAUUGAUCGAACGACUGGUUCUAAUCGCUCGGAGGUGAUUCGAGCUGUUCCAGCAGGUCGAGUAUCAGAUGUCAGUGGGGAAGCGCUAGCAUUAAAGAAUCUAGCUAAGCUUAAUGAGCGCACUCGCAAGGCAGCCAAAAAGCGUGCCAUCGCGUUAGUAGACGAUGGCGAAUCAACAGACGCUGCACCGAAAAAAAUGAAAUCCAUGCAAAAGAAAGCGGCUAACAUUCCCAAGAUCAACAAGCGGGUACUGGAAGAGGUGCAUAGGAAUACGGAAGACCGUUUGACUACAGCUGCACCGGUGGAUCCACAAAUAUCCGAGUCAAGAGAAGACACUCCAGCGCGAACACGGACAUUGGGAUUACCCAGACGAAGUACAAGAAAUAAUGAUGCAUGAUAUUCGUAAGGAACGAAGUGAAGCAUUCCUAGAUGAGUUAAUUUGAACAAUUUUUGUGCGCUCAUCUAAAUUUGUAACGUAAAUUCGAACGUAAUUUUUGAAUCUUCCCGGUGCCACACUUCCGGUGUUAUAUCCAACAAUAAAGACGUCGCAACAGCUGAUGAUGACGUUUGCUGUUACAC